AUGGUUGGACCAUGUUGGACCUGCCGCACCGGUCUGAGGCAGCCCUGCGGCGGCUGGUUCCUGGAUCUGGCAGCCGAAUCCCAAGAUGGAGCUGGCUUUCCUGGCUUUCCUGCCACCACUGGGUGCUUCUGGAACGAGAGCGUUCCAGAGGUCUCCCUGCAGCUCCGUUCCGGUACAUUGCUGACCGAGUCGUGCGGAGAUGGCUCUUGCAGCUUUCAACUGGCCCUCAACGUGGAGUUGACACAGCCAUUUCGGGAGGGUACUGAAGUGGCGCAGAUUGCCGCGAUAUGUAAAGGAACCGAGAACUGCUCCAUGCACGAAGGCAUUGAGGUCCUGACUCUGGCGGUGCAUGCUGCAGGGAGCACCCGGCGCUCUCUGAGCUCUCUGAGUCCUGGGCUUAAGUUGGUGUUUGAAGACCUUCCUCGACACAGCCAGGUACUGGAGCUCAUGGAGGACCACGGCGCAGAACUCCCGAUGAACGUGAGCUUCAGCCUGCAACUGCCUUCGGGCGGAUUGGAUUUCCGACCCAUUGCGAAUCUCUCCAGCCUGGUUUUCCGGAUCGCUCUCUUUCCUCCGCAGUCCUGGAAUGCUGAGUCCUGUGAGGUGACUUUCGCGAGUCUGACAGGGGACGUUGCUUGUGAGACCCAACUCUUUGGACUGCACCGUAGCUUGGUUUUGGUGGACAUGUCCGCGACAGCACCAGACUCGCUCGACCCGUCGCGGGACCUUUGGGAUCCAGGCAUUUGGCACCUGGCGCUUCCGACUCCCCGUAGCGCUUUCUUCCCGAGCCGGGCCGUGGCAGAGCUUCAAGUGAGCGGCGAGGAUGAGAAUGCAUCCUAUGUCGAGUUCAGUGGCUUCUUCCCUUUCGCAGCGCUGUGGAGAUUUCGCAGCCAAGAGCCCGGGCCCAGGUGGCCCAGGCCCGUGCCGGCUCAGCUGCUGGUGUUUGGUCGUUCCGGGUACGGCCCAUCACCGUUUCCUUCCAGAAACAACGAGGUCCUCGUGCGCCUUGUGCUUCCUGCCACGGUGAGUCGCAGCACGCGAGGAGGGGCUGGCCUCUCUCUACUCCUGCCACAGGACUAUGAGUGCCUCAGCGCAGUGACCCUGCUCGGGCUCGACACCUUCCAGGAUCAAGUGCUCAUGGCACCUGAAGCGCUCGAGCUUUCGAACGAUUUGGCAGUCCUCUUCAGCUCCUUGCAAGCAAGGCCAGACUCCCAAGAUCUUUGGAGACAGCGAGGCACUCGUCCCAGCGAGUGCUUCCAGGACCUCGAGCAGUGGGAGGCUUUCUAUGCUGGCCAACAGAUCUUUCUUCAGGUGAUACUUGGCAGACGUUUCGCAACCCAGCAGCUGCGCGUCCAGCAGAGUGCCGGCCUCAGCGACCAUGCACUGAAGUUUGCUCCAGGAGCGUGUUGA